CAACAUUCCCUAACGCUCCUGAAUGCAACACAUGACCGAGCAUUAGCUCAGCGGAGAGGGGAAGAGGCAGGGAUUGGGAUCGAGAGAGAGAGAAGCUAAACAGGUGGUCUGAAAACACACAGAAAACAAUGUCGCCCGGCGGGGAGAGGCGGAAAGACCUUUAGUCCUCGCUUUUAUAAAGGCAUAGUGGGGCAACUGCGGAGCCGAACAAACAAAAACCCAUGCUCUUUUUUUAUUUUCACACGGACUUCUCCUCCUGCUCUUCUCGGUUUUACUCCGAAUCUGGGCAAGAUCUCGGAUACUAAACCAUGAAAGUCACGGUGUGUUUUGGCAGGACCCGGGUGGUGGUGCCGUGCGGGGAUGGAAAUAUUAAAGUCCACACACUCAUCCAGCAGGCUGUCAUGAGAUAUAAGAAGGCUAUCGCCAAGGAUGCCAGUUACUGGCUGCAGGUCCACCGGUUGGAGCACGGUGACGGCGGCAUCCUCGACUUGGAUGAUGUGCUCUGCGAUGUGGCCGACGACAAAGACAGGUUGAUAGCAGUGUAUGACGAACAGGAGCCCCAUCAUGGAGGUGAUGGUACCAGUGCCAGCUCCACGGGGACCCAGAGCCCCGACCUGUUUGCUGCAGACCUCAGUGCUGGCAGUGGCGCCUCGGCCUUCCAACCCUACCAGGUCGCCAGUGAGAUCGAGGUCACGCCCUCCGCCCUGCGCACCAAUAUGCCCCUCCACGUCCGGCGCAGCAGCGACCCUGCCCUGCUGACCAUCAAUGGGCCGUUUAGCGGUGGCGAGUCAAGGGUCCAAGCCGAAGAGCCGCCAUCAAGGAGAAAUCCAACCCGCUGGUCCACCACCGCUGGCUUCCUGAAAGUUCGCCACUCUUCUGGCACCAACAGCCUCGAGAGGAAGGGUAAAGGUAUGGACACGUACCGUAGCCUGCCACGGGAUGCAGGGACAUGGGCCAAUCAGAGAGAGUUUCAGAGAGAGACGGCCCGUUCAUCACUCAGCGCCAAUCACCCCAUGGUGGACCGCUGGCUGGAGAGACAGGAACAGGAGGAAGAGUCCAGAGAAGAAGAAAAUGGCAGGAUCGAGCCGGUUGGUCGAGCUGACUCCUGCAUGGACCACACCCCUGUGAGGUCACUAGAUUUAAUAUGCAGAGACAUAGUCAAACUGGUGGAGGUGUCAAACGACGGUGGGCCCUUGGGAAUCCACGUGGUGCCUUUCAGUGGCAGGGACCGCAGGACUCUUGGCUUGUUGGUCAAGCGUCUGGAGAGGGGAGGCAAAGCCGAGCAGCAGGGCCUCUUCCAGGAGAAUGACUGUAUCGUCCGUAUCAAUAAUGGAGACCUCAGAAACAUCCGCUUUGAACAAGCCCAGAACAUGUUCCGUCAGGCCAUGCGCUCUCCUGUCAUCAUGUUCCAUGUGGUGCCAUCAUCGAUGAAGGCCCACUAUGAGCAGCUGUCCCAUGCCGAGAAGAACCCGGCGUACGCCUCGGGCCGUUUCAGUCCCGACUCCCUGACCGGCAGCACCGUCUCCGGCAUGGACCACACCCCGCAGAGGAUGUCCCGACACGGUUCCCAAACUCACCCACAGUCCCAUCCGCAUCCUCAUUCCCAUACUCACCCAGACCAGACUGAUCCCCCUCUGACUCACCCGGCGGUCUCUGCAGCCAAGCCUCCGACAGGACACACCCACUCGCCUCAGAGGGGGCUAAACUCGACGCCACCAGGAGGAUAUACCAAAAAAGUCGGGAGGAGGCUCAUGAUCCAGCUAAAGAAAGGUCCUGAGGGACUCGGCUUCAGUAUAACGUCACGGGACGUUCCCAUCGGCGGCUCGGCACCCAUCUAUGUGAAGAACAUUCUGCCUCGGGGAGCUGCCAUCCAAGAUGGCCGCCUCAAGGCAGGAGACAGGUUGCUGGAGGUGAAUGGAGUGGACCUGAAUGGGCGGACACAGGAGGAGGUGGUGUCUCUGCUCAGGGCCACACCCAUGGGCGGGGCUGUGGGGCUGCUGGUUCUACGGCAGGAGGACACUUUCCUCCCCCGAGAAGUGAAUGCUGAGCCCCAGGUGCAAUGCCCCAGAGAUUUGCAUCCAAGGCAGCCUGUGACAGCCGGGAAACCCCAUUGGCUGAUUGAGAAGACAGAGGAGGAUGACUUGGUCCUGACUCCAGAUGGGACCAGAGAGUUCCUGACCUUUGAGAUCCCCCUCAGUGACUCCGGUUCAGCUGGGUUGGGUGUCAGUGUCAAAGGCAAUCGCUCCAAGGAGAACCACGCUGACCUGGGCAUCUUCGUCAAAUCGAUCAUUAAUGGAGGGGCAGCCUGCAAGGACGGGCGGCUUCGAGUGAACGACCAGUUGAUUGCGGUCAAUGGAGAGUCGCUAUUGGGCAAAACCAACCACGACGCCAUGGAGACACUACGCAAAUCCAUGUCAACGGAAGGCAACAAACGUGGGAUGAUCCAGCUCAUUGUGGCCCGACGAGUGGCCAAAGGAAAUGAGGAGGCACCAGGGAGCCCGCUGGGACCUCAGCAGUCUAUGAACACCUCUCUGGACGACCACGAGCGCCGAAUCUCCCACUCUUUGUAUAGUGGCCUGGACGGCCUUGAUGACAACUUGAUGCCACGACAAGGCAUGAUGCCACGCACAAUAGGAAACUAUCAGCUCUCACCGACUGUCAACAUGCCACAGGAUGACACUGUGAUCAUAGAGGAUGACCGGCCGCCCCUCCUCCCACCCCACCUCUCUGACCAGUCAUCGUCCAGCUCCCACGACGAUGUGGCGUUCACUGCUGAUGUGACGCCGCCGUGGGCCAAAGAGCUGCCCAGUCAAAAUGACAGCUCCCUGAGUCCAGAUGAAAAUCAUCCAGACGCUGCUUUCCAAAGGGAAGGCUUCGGACGCCAGAGCAUGUCAGAGAAGCGCACCAAGCAGUUUGGAGAUGCAGCUCAGCUCGAGAUCAUCAAGACACGCAAGUCCAAGAGCAUGGAUCUAGUAGCCGACGAGAUUAAUCUCACCCCUCGUCCCGAGACCAAUACAGGUUCUUCUACAAAGGAUGUGGGACCAUCACUAGGCUUAAAGAAGUCCAGCUCUCUCGAGAGCCUCCAGACGGCUGUUGCCGAGGUAACCCUCAAUGGGGACCUCCCCUUCCACAGGCCACGCCCCCGCAUCAUCAGGGGGCGUGGCUGCAACGAGAGCUUCAGAGCAGCUAUCGACAAAUCCUAUGACCGACCAGCUGCAACGGAAGAAGACGAUGAGGGCAUGGAGACAUUGGAAGAGGACACAGAGGAAAGUUCACGAUCAGGGAGAGACUCUGUGUCCACAGUGGCCGACCAGACCCCGCUGACCGGCUCCGAAAAACCCCUGGUCAAUGGCACAAAUCGCACCAAAGAGGAGAAGAAGAAAGACAAGGGAGGGAAGGAGAAGAAGAAGCAGGACGGGGGGAAGGAGAAGGACAAGGGAAAAGCCAAGAAGGGCAUGCUGAAAGGACUCGGGGACAUGUUCAGGUUUGGGAAGCACCGUAAGGAUGAGCGGCCGGGGGAAAAGAUGGAUCGUAAAGGCUCCAGCAAGUGGAAGCUGGAGGAGACGCAGGUUUCAGAGGAGGAGACGAUGAAGAUGAGGAUGGAGCAGGAGAGGAUUCAGGCCAAGACCAGGGAGCUGAGGGAGCGUCAGGCCAGGGAACGGGACUAUGCCGAAAUCCUGGACAUAAGCCGCACGCCGGAGAGGGCCUCUGAGGAGGAGCACCCGUACGCAGGCAUCAUCCCCGUGAACAGCUCCGUGGACAGCGGGCACAGCCGGCCCCACAGCCCCCGAGACGAUUACCCCCACAUUCAUCCACACCACCACCAGCACUCCGAUUCCCUCUACACCCAAGUCAGCAAGGCCCGCAACGACAGGCCUCCGUCUGCAGACAGUAACCGGCUAGCCCCUAGCAACCAUGACCGGAUACAAAGGCUGAGGCAGGAGUUCCAGCAGUCCCAGAACGUCCCGGACGACUCGGACGACCGCAGGAGGACCUACAGCUUCGAGCAGCCCUGGUCAAACGCCAGCAGCAACGGUCCAGGCGGGUACAGCCAGCCGGGUCGUCACUCUGUCUCAGUCGAGGUUCAGAUGCAAAGACAGAGACAGGAGGAGAGAGACUCGUUCGCCCAGGCACAGCGACAGUACAGCUCCCUGCCACGGCAACCCAGGAAGAACCCCAGCUCCAUCUCCCAGGACUCCUGGGAUAAGGCGUACCCACCUGGAGAGGGCUUUCAGACAGCAAAGGACAACCCCAGGUACUCCAGCUACCAGGGCUCCAGGAACGGCUACCCAGGCGGCGGUGGGGUCAAUGCCAGAGUCCUUCUGGAAGCCCAGGAGCUCUUGAGGCAGGAGCAGAGGCGCAGAGAGCAGGAAGCCAAAGGGAAGUUAUUGCAGGAGAGCACUGGGAACAGCAGCUAUGAGGGGUACUCCACAAUGCACCUGAAGGACCCAGCCUCCCCCAAGGGUCCGUACCGCCAAGAUGUGCCACCUUCGCCUUCGCAGUUAGCAAGGCUUAACAGAUUGGGGUCAGAGAAAGGAAGACUUUUUUAUUCUUGAGGAGUAUUGUUCGACUGAUGGAUGAUGAGCUGAACAGAGAACUUGUUUCAGGAGAGGGGAUUCAAGGGGAUUUCCUUAAAGAAACAGCAAAAGUGGACGCUACAAAUCUUGACAAAGGGACAGUCUAGAGGUCUUAUAACUUAGCAAUGAUCUUAGAGGUAAACAGUUGUGAAGUGUACUCAGUAUGUGGUUGUUUGUGUUCAAUCCCUCGCUGUGCCGAUGACCUAUGCCAGUAGUCAGUCAGUACCUCCUACAGACAUGAGACACUCAGUGCCUUCUCUGCAUUCACGAACACGAUGCUUGUUCACAGUCAUCCAGGACUCUGAUUCAUCGAGAUCUGGCAGCGUCAUGUACUGACAAUCAAAUGGGCAGACAGGCAAGUGAGUGGGCGUUCUUUUGAGCCCAUGGGGAGGCGUAAGUUUCUGUGUGGGUUUGUGUGUGGGCAUGUGGCAAGGUACAUGUUUCACGAUCAAGUAAGUGUGUCGUGGCUUUACAAAGUGUCCCGUGGAUGACUCUUUCCAUCGGUCACAAAUCACCCUUUCUUCACUAAAGUUAACAUUCAACUCCUACCGACGCUACUGGCGUUUCUCGGCAUUCUCUUUUCUCUACUUCCAGUGUUUUCUCCUCAGCGAUCGAGCUGUCUCGCUUGAGCACUCCCCAGGGGGCAGAGAAAGCAAGGCAAAGUGUAUGAAAGAAGCAGGGCACAGUGUGUGUGUUAUUAAUAAAAAAGCCCCACUCAUAAAUGAUUCAUAUCGUGUGUUAUCUCUGUGGAGGAGACCCAGGCAGAGAGGGUAGACAGCUCUGAUCCUCUGCCUGGCACCCCUGCCCUUCUCUGGGCUUGAUUCGCUGGCCCGCCUGCCUGUCUGUCUGGAACUCUGGCUCCCAUCCUCCUCUCGUUGUUCUCGUCGCCUCUCUGUUCAUUACCUUUCUUUCUUUUUAACACCCCCACCUUUAUCGUCCUCUCCUCUCCGCUCCCCUCCUCGCUCAUCUCACCCCUCCCCAUCCCCUUAGUCUUACUCCUGCUACCCACUACCACCCUCCUCCUCGUCUCCCGAGUCGGGCUCUGCACUGAAUUUUUCAUCACAAGCCACCUGCUGCCUGCUAGAGCCAAAGACUGCUGCCACCAGAGGCACCGACAGAGGGCCCGGCUUCUGACAUAAAGAGAGGAGUAAAAGCAAAAAAAAAAAGAGCCAGAAUAAAGAUGGGUAAAGAGACAAUGAGCCUCCCAGUGUGAGAUUAGCUUGAGCUUUUCUCCGUUUUAAAAAAAAGCCAAAAUUGUCCUCAAGAGUUAAUUGCUUUCAAUUGCUGUAUUUGUUUUCUGUAUUUUUACCUUUUUAAACAUUUAGCCGACACUCAUCUCCAGAAUUUACAGAAAUGUUUCUUUGAACUGCUUUCUUCCAAAAAAAAUAGUUUGUAUGAAAACAUUUCACAGCGUGUUCUGUGAAUUAUCCACAGUAAAGGCCUGGUCACACUAGAAAGUGGAACCGCAAACUUCAUCUGCACGUCCUCACAAAAUAAGCAGUGCAAGAAGAUUGGUGACAUACUCGCAGGGCUAGUUAGCCAGCCUGAACAAUGCUAGUGCUAGUCACAUUCAUGGUCACAAUAGCUCUCAGAGUUUGCUAGCUUGCUAACUGUCAGUCAGCAGACUCGUUAGCUCAGGCGCUAACAGGACAAGUAGUUCCCACAGUUAAUUAAAAAGAUGUAUUUGUACCAUUGACUCUUAUAAGCAUGUCUCUUUUGUGGAGCAGUUUAUACUCCAACAGAGGAGGGUUAUAUAAAAGCAGAUGGCGCAACUCAACUUUAAGCAGGACAUUGUUUUUGGUAAGAGAUGUUUCUGAUGAGAUGUUGAAUUCUUUUGAAUUUACUUUUCAAAGGCUGUGAGGACCCCAAAUGAAAUUGCAUUUACCUCCACUGAAUUAGGGUGGAGACAGAAAUCUCAAAACCUGGAUAAAUUAAACCAAAACUAGCUGCAUGACUAGAUACCACUAGAGGUAAAAGGUUUUUUGAAUUUUGGGUGAACCGACCCUUUAAACCAGUGACAUUUGUGAUUAUGAAUCAUGCUAGCCCAGUGGCUUGUUCCAUUAUGACCUGAGAGUAUUUACAUUUUUAUUCCAAUCAAACUCUACAGCAGCUGAUUAGCAAUUUUUUUCACCCAGAGAGGAGGAACUAAUCAGUGAAACCAGCUGCUGUAGUUGUAGGUCGCAAAGAAGACCUCGGGCGUUGAUGACACAUGCUUAAAAAUCACUGCCACAGUUCACCAGCCCACUACUAUAAUUGUUGCAGUAGGUGGCUACCGAUCCUCUUAGUCUGAACCUACCCUUCUUUGACAUCACUAAUGUUUGUGACAUGAUUGUCUCUGCCUGCAAGUGAACAAAUGAGAUCGAGCUGAGGUUGGACUUUAAACGAAAGGGAAAUACAAAAAAUAAAAAAGUGGCCAUCAUCAAGCUGUGGAAAACAAACAGGCGGUAUGUAAUUGCCCUCCACUCCUACACACUCUCCAUAUACAGAGUGAAGCUGCAUGACAUACAUUAUCUCCUGUUGGUUAAUGAAGGCCCUUGCUGGGAAAGAUACAGGCUUAGUAGGGGUAAUAAAUGAUGAACAAAAAAGUAAGAAGAUGAAGAAAAAGGGACUUUGCAAUGGCAUUAUUCCAGUGUGUAAACCUGUAUUUAACCUGAGGAAAGUUCACAAUACUACUCUGUUAUAAGCUAACUAAAUUGUCCCUUCCACAUUAUGUAUGUACAUGGGUGUAACAACACAAACACACUAUGGCCCCUUGCCAAUGUGUUGUUAAAUCCACGCUGCAAUGGGGCUGAUUAAAACUGUUACCAAAUAAGAUACAAACUGUGUAGGUGAAGGUAGUAAAAAGUGUUUGGUUGUAGCAGCCAGCACUUCCUGCUGUGAACACUAGUGCAUCUGGAAAUGCAGACUAGCACAUUUAGAAGGAUGUAUUUGACCUGUGCUCUACCAGUUACGGGGUCUGAUGUCGAUAAGUGCCUGAAAUAAUAUCAUAAUAUAAUAUUUACACAAGUAGGGACACGAUGUGAUUUGUUUGUCAGUGACACUACAGCACACAAACUGCAGUGCGUUUUUAAACAUUUUUAAUACCAUCAUAUUAAAAUGUGUUUUUGGGGGUACUCCUUCCUGAACCUUUUUUUAUCUUACAAGAGCCAACACUUACAAGCAGUUAUCAGUGUAUUUGUAUCCCAUUUGACAUUGCCUUCAACCAUGCUGUACCAUGAUGUGUUUUAAAGUAUGAAAAAUAAUUGGAAGCUAAUGGAAGCUUGAUGUGCAAUUGGUAUUGUUUUUGUUUUUUUCCACAAAACUUUUACAUGAUAUAUUAAGAAAUGUAUACAGCCACUUUUCCUGUACAUAUCAAAUUUAGAAAUAAAACGGAAGGCUGUUCCAUCCUGUUUACAACCUC